AUGUCAGGGCCGGACCUACCAGUUGGCAAAGGUAUCCCUCUAUGAGUCUAGAGAGAGCUGACAUGAGCUGGCAAUCUAUUCCAGGGGGCAGAACCCUCAGGCUCAGGGCGAAAUGUGACCCUCCGGGCCUUUCUGUCUCUCCUCAGGCCACUCCACUCAUUGGCUCUGCCUUGCACCCCCUUUGAGUGUUUUUGCCUCCCUGGAAGAUCAGUGGUCGGGUUGAGCACAUAUUCUGCAUGCCGAAUGUCCAGGUUUGACACUCAUCACCUCCAAUAGAAUGAAUCUCAGAACGUAGGCUUGGGAAAGGCCUUGGAGAGUCACCACUUACUGAAGCAGGCAAGACUGGGCUAGACAGCCCAAUAGCACGACUUGCUCUAAGGCAGCUCUACAAAUUCACAAAGUUGCCGCUGGCUUUCCCUCAGCUGCUUCCUUGUUCCUCAGAUGCAGGGCCGGAUUUAGGUUUGGUGAGGCCCUAAGCUACUGAAGGUAAUGGGGCCCUUUAUAUGUCCAGCUGUCCUUUGUCAGCAACAAAUUGUCGCUGUUUUUUGUGUUGAAUAUAUACCAUAUGGUAAUUUAUGGACAUAAUAGCCAUUUGCACAUAACAAAAUAGGAGCCUACACAAAAUAAAACACUGUUGCUGUAUGCAGGAUUUAUUUUAUUUGUUUUUAUCGUAUAUUUUGAAAAUGUACAUCCAGUUGUUUUUUCUUUAAUUUUUUGGGGGGCCCCAAGAGAAUGGGGCCCAAAGCUAUAGCUUGUUUAGCUUAUACAUAAAUCCAGCACUGCUCAGAUGCGAGGAAUGUUGUAUUUGUUUUCCUGCUUAUAAUGCCACUACUUCUGUCCUAUGUUCUAAUAUUCCUUUCACACAACAGAACCUGUUGCAUGCUGUGGCUUUUUGACCGGCAUGUCACACUAAAUUUCACUCACACCAGUGGGCGUGGUGUGGCCCAACAACGGAAGCCUUUGGACAAUGCCUCUACUCCCCUGCCCUUUCCACACAUGCCUGCUUCUCUCGUCACCCACGAAAAGGACAGGAAAGAACAGCAUGCCAGUAUAUACCACCCCGAAUUCCAUCAUGUUUACUCUAUCAAUUUUCUAGGCUAAUGAGUUUGCAAACAGAUUAUUUCCAGAGCCAGUUAACAAGAAAAUAAGCACUAAACGUCCAUUAGAUUCUCAGAAGUGACUCUUACAUUGUGCGAAAGAUCAAAUGCAAUGUGGAAAUUGAAAGGGAAUGUGGGGAAAUGGAAUGAGCUGCCAUGUGAAUGCAGCCUUAGAUGUAAAUUUGACUUCAGAAGCCAACCAAGAGUGUAGGAGGCCACACUCCAGAUAUGUCUGGAUGAUGCAAGCUUUCCUCAGCUUCAGAGAACUUCCCUGGGAAGUCCAGAGCUUCAGAAAGUGACAGUUUUAGGGCUAUUAUGUAAUUCUGGUUUCACACAAUCCCCACUGGUGCAUAUUGUGAUGGUUAGAAUCCUGUCUAAUGUAGGUGGCUUGGGGGCUAUUUUGUAGUACAAUAUGUAUUUGCCUAUUGCCUCGCCAUUCUGUGUUCAGCAUUGAUUGACCAUAACCUCGAGUCCGCUUGACAUACAUUUGGGGAAUAAAGUUUCUGUUCUGUUAAAACGUAACUAAUACAAAUAAACGUCUCAUCAGAAAGGCCAACCCAGUUUCUAGUUUUGAUAGCCAGCUAAAAGAAAAGAAAAGAAUUCAAUACUAAUUGUGAGUAGACCGAGGGUCUGAAUCUGCAAAUCUUCUCUUUCUCUUACCAAGUGGAUUUGGCAUUUUGUGGCUUCCUAUACAUGGUUUUUGGCCAAGCAGGGUAAGUCUCUUUCUUUGACAGAUGCUUGAUUCAUUUGCAUAUUGGGCUUUAUGUGCAUUAAUUCAGGGAAAUAUGCAAAUCUAUGAAUUGUCAUGUUGGGGCACAGGAAGAUUUAUUGAGAUCAACAACCUCUUUUGUAAACAAAGGACAUCCAAAUACCUCUAGAACUGCUCCACAGUGUACAUUUAAAGCACAUUCAAUGCUCUUGACUUCCCCCAAAGAAUCGUGGGAGUUGUAGUUUCGUCCUCACAGAGCUGUAGUUCCCAGCACCCUUGACAAACUACAGUUCCCAGGAUUCUUUGGGGGAAGUCAUGUGCUUUAAACAUAUGUUGAAUGAAUAUGCUUUAAAUGUAUAUUAUGAGAAAUGCCCCUAGCAGGGCUUGAAAACGGCCUUCUUUCUGUUGCUUCUGGACACAGAGAUUCCGUUUAGUUAAGGUUUUGGUUGUCAUCUGUCUGUUUCAAGCGGCAAUGCGAGUGCCUCUCUAGGGGUGAAGUUUGGCACCUGCUUGGCUCCAGGAAUUGCUGGAAGGAGGCAUACUUCUUGUUAGCUGCCCUGAGCCCGGCUUCGGCUGGGGAGGGCGGGAUAUAAAUAAAAUUUAUUAUUAUUAUUACAAGGUACCAUCCAACCAUUUUAGGAACUCUACUCUGGAUUUGUGUAGGGUUUACUUCUUAGCCUUUCCUUCUGAAAAUAUCCCACAAGGCAGAAGAGGUUUAGGAUCAGCGUUUUCCUAGAUGGGUUACCUUCCCAGGUUGAUGAGCCCCAUUAGCCCCUCACUUCCCUCUACAGUAUGUGCACAAACUGCCUUCUUGACCAUUGGACCCACUAUUGGUCUCAUCCGCUCAAUCUGCUAGAGCCUGUCUUUGCAUGCAGGGGAAGUGCCUAACUCACUGAGGUUCUGAGGCUCAUUGGCGACCCUCACUUGGUUUAGCUGGUCAAGCAAAGUUGUUCCUAGCAUGUGGCCACUGUAACAUGAUGACAGAUUCUAGGAGCCACAGGAGAGAGCUGAGGGUAACUUGGGGAGCAAAGGUGGACAAACUACCCCAAGAGGAGAAAAACAUGAACCCAACAAAGGUACUACCCUUCCCCUAACACCCCAUACACCACACUCUCUCUAUUUGCAAAUGCAACUAGUGAGUACAAACAGAAUUGGAGACAUCAAGAAACAUGGUGGAGAUGUCAGCAUGCUCAGGGUUUACAACAACACAGCCCAAUGAAGACCCUUAAAGGUAAAGGGACCCCUGACUGUUAGGUCCAGUCGCGAAUGUCUCUGGGGUUGCGGCACUCAUCUCGCUUUAUUUGCUGAGGGAGCUGGUGUACAGCUUCCGGGUCAUGUGGCCAGCAUGACUAAGCCGCUUCUGGCGAACCAGAGCAGUGCACGGAAAUGCCGUUUACCUUCCCGCCAUUUACCUUCCUUACCUAUUUAUCUACUUGCACUUUGUUGUGCUUUCAAACUGCUAGGUUGGCAGGAGCAGGGACCGAGCAACAGGAGCUCACCACGUUGCGGGGAUUCAAACCGCUGACCUUCUGAUUGGAAGCCCUAGGCUCUGUGGUUUAGACCACAGCGCCACCCGUGUCCUUACUGGUGUGUAAAAGAUUAUCCAGGACAUACUAUUGGUUCUUGGAAAUAGGAUAGUGUAUUUAUUGACUAUUCCUACAAGUAAAACAGUGAAUUAAAUUAUUCUUACAUUACUACUACUACUACUACUACUUAUUUGCAUAUUCUUUGUAACUGGACGCUUUCAGGCGAUGGAGAGAACCAGCUUGGUAUUCCUUAUCCUACUGAGCCUUGUAAUUAGGAAAAGUUUUGGGUGCUACUGUGACCAUUACCCAUGGAGCUCCUGGUCCAGCUGUUCACAGACUUGUAAUCAUGGGACGCAAACCAGAUCAAGGUUGGUAUUAGCAAUUACAAGAUCUCCUCCCCACCUUUAGAACAUCAGAGGGGGAAAAGAUCUCACCUUCAUUCAUAACAAACUCAUACUAAAUUUCCAGAAUUAUGCUAUAGAAAUAAUAAUCAUCAUAGAAUUGUAGAGUUGGAAGGAAUCCACAUCUAGUAAAAAGGUAAAGGACCCCUGGAUGGUUAAGUCCAGUCAAAGGCGACUAUAAGGUUGCGGCGCUCAUCUCACUUUCAGGCCAAGGGAGCCGGCAUUUGUCCACUGACAGCUUUCUGGGUCAUGUGGCCAGCAUGACCAAACUGCUUCUGGUACAAUGGAACACCGUGAUGGAAAACAGAGUGCAUGGAAAUGCCGUUUACCUUCCCACCAUAGUGGUACCUAUUUAUCUACUUGCAAUGGUGUGCUUUUGAGCUGCUAGGUUGGCAGGAGCUGGGACAGAGCAACGGGAGCUCACCCCGUCAUGGGGAUUCGAACCGCCGACCUUCUGAUCGGCAAGCCCAAGAGGCUCAGUGGUUUAGGCCACAGCGCCACCUGCAUCCCUUUACCUUUACCAUAUCUAGUCCAACCCCCCUGCAACACAGGAAUCACAGCUAAAGAAUCCCUGACAGAUGGCCAUCCAACCUCUGUUUAAAAACCUCCAGUGAAGGGGAGUCCACCACCUUCCAAGGUAGUCUGUACCGCUAUUGAACAGCUCUUACUGUCAUGAAGUUCUUAACAGCAAUAAUUUGAAUUUAUAUAGUCAUCCAUUCAUAAUUAUUAUUUGCUUUGUCUGACAAACCAGAAAGGAGAGGGUUAGGAAAGGAAGCAAAAGCUUCCUACAUUAGUUGCUUCCAUCAGUAACCAACGCUUUGGCAAGGGCCACAUUCAAGAGGGUCCUGGACAAGGAAUCCUCUGGGACCACCCCUCCCCAACAGAGCUUUCCAGGGGGCAGUGGAGGGAUGGGUGUCAUGCAGUAAAGAUCCGUGGUGCAGCAAUAAAACUUCUAGCACAUUUGCAAAGCUAAGCAGGGUCUGGUGAGAUUUCAGAUUGGAUGGGAGACCAUGUGUUGAGUUUCCUGCAUCGCUGGGGGUUGGACGAGAUGACCCUUGGAGUUCCUUCCAGCUCUGCAAUUCUACAAUUCCAUGACAUAUAUAGAACUCUCCCAUGGGAAGGGCAUCCUGACAGGCCCAGGAUUCCUGCCUCAUGCUGAGGAGUCCUAUGCACAUAAGUGGAGAAUUGCAUAGGGCCCUUUCUCAUACUCCCCAUGUGACUGGAGGGGGUGGGUGGUCAAGAUACUUGUUGCCAGCAAGGGAGGGCCCUGUCCAUGCCUGGAAUGAAUAUGACAGGGUUGGGACUGACUGUAUGUAAACCCUCCCCUACCAUUUCCCUGACAUAAUAAUGAUAAUAAUUUAUUAUUUAUACCCCGCCCAUCUGGCUGAGUUUCCCCAGCCACUCUGGGCGGCUCCCAAUCAAAUGUUAAAAACAGUACAGCAUUAAAACUUCCUUGAACAGGGCUGCCUUCAGAUGUCUUUUAAAGAUAGGAUAGCUGCUUAUUUCCUUCGCAUCUGAGCAUCUGAAGGGAAGGUGUUCCACAGAGUGGGCGCCACUACCGAGAAAGCCCUCUGUCUGGUUCCCUGUAACCUCAGUUCUCACAAUGAGGGAACCGCCAGAAGGCCCUCGGUGCUGGAUCUCAGUGUCCGGGCUGAACGAUGGGCUCCUUCAGGUAUACAGGACCAAGGCCGUUUAGGGCCAUUUAGAAUCAGCACUGAUUUGCAGCACCUUCAUCUUGCAGGGAAAGCAGCUACAAUGCCUACUAUUAUAAGAAUUCUUGCGACAGAUUGUGCACGUGGAGAGAGACUCGGGCCUGCAACCAGCAAGUCUGCCCCAUCAACUGCCAGAUCAGUGACUGGGGCUCCUGGUCAGAGUGUGACCCAUGUGUUAAAAAGCAAGUAAGCAAUUUGACUGCAGGGACACAUGAAAAAACGGGAACUCUGUAAUCUGCCUUUGUGCCUCAGGCGGCAGACACUGAGGUGCGGGGAGUGGCCAAAGCUGUGAGUACCAUGUGGCCUGCCCUAUAACCCCUAUGCUAGCCCAUAGCUGUCAACUUACAGAUUUGAAAAUAAGGGACCAGCAGCCUCGAAAAUAAGGGAUCAGCAGCCAAAAUCAGGGAUUUUCCAAGCACAGGUAUGUUCAACUUCUGAGCCCCUCCGAGCCAAAGGCAGAAAGCCCAGCCAGCAGCCAAACGAAGCCUCAAGCGGUGGUUCCCACAGCGCAGCAACCCAGCAAAGGGGAUGCAGCAAGGAAAAUCACCGUCACCUCUCCGCUGGGAAGCGCUGAGCAAAGGCGAGUCCCCAGGCAAUGCGGCCGAUUUGAUCAGCACAAGGCGUGCUGGCUGGCAGGGAGGGAGGGAGAGGAGCUGCUUCCUUUGAAACCCGGGAAAUUUAAGAGACAUCAUCAAUAAGGGACAGCAGCGGGACACGGCGCUGGGAUAAGGGAGUUUCCAGCCAAUUAAGGGACGAUUGACAGCUAUGUGCUAGCCUGCUGCCCUCAAGUACAGUGGAAGACACCAGUACUAAAGUAGGGUUCAAAUGUCAUUCCACUGGCUUCUGUUUCUGCCUUGGGAAAGACCCCCAUCUUGCCCUUCGGCUCUGGCAGCAAAAUGUUUUGAGCCGGCAUCGGCUACACAGUUGUGACUUCCCCUUCCCGGCUCAGCCGAGAUCCAACCCGCUGAGCCAAGCCCGGAGGAUCUUAUACCAUACCACUCAACAAUCCUGAUUGAAGUGAGAUGUCCCAGAAUUACAGAAGCCAAUCCUGGUUUCUGAUUUGAUCCCAAGGUGUCCCGUUUUUCCAGUGCUCUGGCACGAGUCAGCCCUGCACGUAUAUGCAGUUGAUCGUGAGUCAAAUGGACAUAGGUGGGAAGAUUCCACCCUUGUAUUUCCAUCUGUUUCAGUUUCGUGUCAGGUCUCUGGUACAGCCAUCUCAGUUUGGAGGUCAACCCUGUACUGAGCAGAUGACAGAUUUCCGGAGAUGCUUCCCCACAAAGUUAUGCAGGAUAGAGGAAGUCAAUUGUGGGAACAAGUUCCAGUGUGAAAAUGGUAUUUUCUGCAUUUAUACAUCUCUCUGUGGGAUACAAUUGAUGGUGUCUAUCUAUCUAUCUAUCUAUCUAUCAUCUAUCUAUCUAUCAUCUAUCUAUCUAUCUAUCUAUCUAUCUAUCUAUCUAUCUAUCAUCUAUCUAUCUAUCUAUAUCUAUCUAUCAUCUAUCUAUCUAUCUAUCUAUCUAUCUAUCUAUCUAUCUCUCUAUCUAUCUAUCUAUCUAUCAUCUAUCUAUCUAUCAUCUAUCUAUCUAUCUAUCAUCUAUCUAUCUGUAUCAUCUAUCUAUCUAUUUCUACCUCAUGGAUUCUGAACCUCAAGGCCUGAGGUCACCAACUUUUCUGGGUGAGAGGACACAUCUGGAAAUAAUAAACUGUUGUGCCCACCACAAAAUAACCAAUUCACAGAAGAAAAACUGAUGAUGCUCAGAACCACCACCACUACUCCAAAAAGUAUUAUUUGUUUUAUUUAUUUCAUAAAAUUUAUAUACUGCUGGAUUGUAGAAAAUACCUCAAAGCAAUUUACGAAAAUAAAAAGAAAACAAUUAUCACUAAAGAUUUGCAACCACAAUUUAAAACAUACAGAAAGCUAAAACUACAACAGGAAAGACUAAAACAAGUUUAAACUCGUACAAACUUUCUAAACAUAUUUAGCGCCCUCAAAACAAAUAAAACAAACAAAAGCAACCCUUUUCCAAUUAAAAAAACCACACCUAUAUAUAUGGUUGGAACAGGGAUUCUAUGAUGCUGUUUUACUUCAGGGCCUGUCAAUUUUGAGUGCUCUUUUGCGGGUUCUUAAACCAGCACAUUUCUUCUUGUUGUUAGUAUUUUAUUAUUUAUUAAAUCUGUAUAUCGCCCUUCAUUUGUGGAUCUCAGGGUGGUUCACAACAUAAAAAUACAAUAUUUAAAAGCACAAAAUACAUAAUGAAAAUAAGAACGAAAAACAACCUCUCUCCCACAUAUGGUUAUGAUCUGUUGAAGUAGUCAUUAAAUACACUGCUGGGCUGUUCAAUUAAUCCUAGCUAGCACAACUUGAGUUGUGCCGUGAGGGAGGCUUACUCGUACCUGAAAGUCGUCGUGCCUGCUGUUCUUUCUCCGAAACAGGUCGCUGUGUUGCCAGACAACUGAGAUGCAAUGGAGACAAUGACUGUGGAGACAAUUCAGAUGAAAGGCACUGUGGGAGGAUAAAGAACACCUGCCGCUCAACAGUCAAGACCAUACCCAGUGUGCAACUCAUGGGCCUGGGGUAUAUUGCUUUCACUUGGGCUUCAUAGGGGCAAUUUAGGUGAAUGUGAUGCUACGGGGGGAGCAGUGCUGUGGUGUUUGCCGUUUGUUUGAAAAUGUCUGUACAGGGGGAGAGAAAGAGUUAAUAGGUAGACCAAUAGAAAAGCCAGAGGCGGAGCCUGCCUGUUUAUAAAAGGGCUUAGCCCAAGGUUUGGGUUGGUUGGUUUUAGUUGGUUGGUUGGUUGGUUGGUUGGGAAAGCAGCUGGCAGACAGUUGGAAACAGAGAGACAGUUAGUGCAGUUGGUUCUUGUGUGAGGGGAGAUAGAAGAGUUAGAGACAGGAUAAAAAUAAGACUAAGAAGGUAAAGAGUAACAACGUUUUGAAUGCAGUUAAAGUUUAUUUGUGUCUGCAAUAAACUACACUCUUCUUUGUUAACUUAAGAACCUGACUGAGACUAAGUGAUUUACUGGGGAAGACCUGGUUGGUGGCAACGGAUUAGUGGUGUACGGGUCAAUAGUCCGUGAGAUGACCGGGGGCUCUGUACAAAUGCCACAAGUGCUUAUACUGUGUUGUUUAUUGUGAGAGCAUUUUGGAUGCCGUGAUCUUGCACGAUUUUGCACUGUGCACCAAAAUGUCUAUUUUGGCUUGCCACACAAGAUUGCGGCCCUGAAAAGACAGCGCAAAAUUGCGCAAGAUCCCAGCAACCAAAAUGGCUGCCGUUCUCUUGCGAUAAAAAACGGGAUGUCUCUGUUUUUCUGGGACACUUGUGGGAUAUGCUGUAUAUUUACAUAAAAAAUUAUGAAUUAGGGUAAUCAAACUUUAAGCAAGGGCCCCACCAGAGCAUCCAUGAAGGUGAGGCCACCCUGGAGAGCUGAGGUGUUUGUUUUUGUGGUACUUUUUUAGAUGACGUGUAACAAAUUUGGUGAUUUGGUUCAAAUUAGGUGCAAGACAGCAACAAAGGCUUUCUAUCAUUUAAAGGUAAUCUAAUCUUUAUUUGCUUAAUCACAACUUUGCUUAAUCCACCUUUCGUUCUAGAUACCAUAUUCUGGCAGGAGAGAGCCGAGGAGAAGUCCUGGAUUUUUCUUUCUAUGGCGGGAGCUGCGUCCUUCUGAAGAGUGAAGACAAAAGGAGCACAUUUCGUGUGCCUGCAAACCUUGAGUCUGUCCACUUUCAGGUGGCUUGACAAGGCCUUCUGUAGGACUAGCAACUAAGGUGGCCAGCGAGCCUUCAAUCUCUUCGCCUCUGUGCUAUACCAGCACUUGUAUAUAAAAUUGUCCAAAAUUCUGUAGACUUCUUGUUGUUGGCAUCUGUCUGUCUUGUGAGACAGUAAGCCUCCAGGGGUGAAGUCAAAUUCUGUAUGAAUGGUAUAAAAUUCUGAACAGUACCAAUUCAUAAUAUUGUUUUUCUUUGAAAUCCAUGUUCAUUUUCUUUUCUUUUGUAAACAAUGGCUUUUUAAAAGUAACUUAUCACAUAGUUUAUAUUUAAAGCAAUUUGGCAAAGCAACACAUUUAUUUCACUUGGCUGUAUGCCAGAGGCUUUUAUUUCCAUUGUUCUUCUCCAACCCAAACAGGAAUCUUUGGAUCUCUCUUGACAGGUGAAGCAUCGAGAAGAUGACCUGAAAACAAAUUAUUAUACAGAUUUAACACCCUUGGUAUGUUCUUCUAGCAAUAUGCAGUAUUUCAGGGGACACGGGAAAGAUAAUUGGGGAAUCCCAUAUUUAUGGGGGUCAACGUCAAACACAGAAACUACGGCAUCGAGUUCCUUCCACGAAGCCAUCAAAGCAUCCCACAAAAUGGUGAGAAUGUGUAGCCCUUUGUGUAGGCUGCUUCCUGUUUAUUCAUUGUCUGUCUGUUUGCUUUUUAAAUAAAAGGUAUACACUGCUCGAUUGUUUAAAAAGAAAACUCUCAGUGUGGGUUAUGAAAAGAGUAAAACAAUAAAAUUAUUGGUAAAGACAGUUAAAAACAGGUAUUUAAAACGGUCAAAUAAUAAUUGAAAUCAGUGAUAAAAUAAACACAGAUUUAAACACAUGCAAAUAUUUAACAUAUCUGCAUAGGUUUGCUUAAACAAAAAUGCUUUUACCUAAAAGUGUAAAGUGUAAAAAAACUUUACCUAAAAGUGUAAAGUUGCCUGCUUGAUGUGGCAGGGAGGGACUGCCACAUGUAAAAGCUGAUUUCUUGCAAGUGUGGAAUGACUAUUAUGUGGCACCUAUAACAGUUCCAGUUCUGCAGAUCAAAGCAGUCCGGUGAGCAUAUAUGGUGUAUGACGAUUUCACAGAUAAAUGGAAGCUCUGUGCUAGACAGCCUUUGCCAACCUGGUGCCCUCCAGAGGUUUUGGACUACAAUUCUCAUCAUCCCCAGACAGCAUGGCUGUUGGGAGCUGGGGUCCAGCAAAUAUCUAGAGGACCACCAGUUUCCCACCCUCAACCAAGUUGUUCAUUGUAUAGGCCAGAGAGGAUAAAUAGGGUUGUUGUUUUUAAGGCCGGGGCAGAGGGGUGGGGAAGAGACGACAUAAUAAUUCUCAUCAUGAUCAAUCUUUUCCCAUUUCCAAGAAUUCCAACUUCAUUAGGGUCCAUAAGGUGAUUGCUGUGUCGAAUUUCACGGUGAAGCAGUCGGGCUUGCACCUCUCUGGAGUGUUUUUACAGGCCCUCAACAGCCUGCCUCUGGAAUACAACUAUGCCCUUUACAGCCGGAUAUUUGAUGACUUUGGGACUCAUUACUACAAAUCUGGCUCACUGGGAGGCAAAUACGACCUUCUUUACCAGUACAGUGAAGAGCAGACAAAAAAUUCAGGUAUGCCUAUCUACAUCGUGAGACAAUGAUUGGUACUUUUUCAAGGAACAGAGAAUGGAAUGGGGAAACAUGAGUCUGGGAACAUUUCUCUACCCUGGGUUUGUGGAGUUUGCUUGGAAUCAAGAAUAAAAGAAUCAGACUUUAAGACUGCUUUAAGCUGGAAGUGAGAUAGCAACUCUGCUUCCAGACUAGUGAAAUCCAAAUAACAUUUUGUAGGAAGUGGUGAGGCUGUUUGCCCCAGGCUCAAACAUGGGGUGAAAUGGGAUGGGGUGAUUUUCAUGGUUUAUUGGAAAAGUGUAAAAUACUGCUUUUCGUCUAACCACACUCCCAUGUGGGAGGGGGAGAGAAAAAUGGAUAUAAAGGAAAUGCUUUUUGGGGGGCAAGAAAUGGGUUAAAGUGAUAGAGCUGUUUCUUCCAAACCCUCUUAGCUUUAGCAGGGAAGCUAAAUUAGAACAACGGGAAAGCUAAAUUUCCUGCACAGCCAUGAGAUACUGGAUCUUCCUCUUGAAAAAGGGAAAGAAAGAAAAACCUGAUAUUCUCAUAGUGGUAGAAUAUUUCAAACGUGCCUUGUGGUUUGAGUGUGAGCUGCUGGCCACAGCAUGACAACCACCACUUUCAAGGAUCAGAUGCCAUUGUGCUUGAUAUCGUGGUUGCUCAGUUCUCCUUUGUGAAAUGUCAUUUGCUAUUUUUGCUGUUGAAUGGUGUCUAGGCUUAACCCAGCAACAAAUGGAACGCUGUGUGCGAACAGAAACGACAAGAACCUAUAUUUUCUUCAUUAAGGAAACAGAUAUUCAUUACGAUUGCGUCAGGAGUAAAAUGACCGAGAGCUAUGAAGGUAGCUAUCCUACCCUAAAGGUAAAGGGACCCCUGACCAUUAGGUCCAGUCGUGGCCGACUCUGGGGUUGCGGUGCUCAUCUCACUUUACUGGCCGAGGGAGCCGGCGUACAGCUUCCGGGUCAUGUGGCCAGCAUGACUAAGCCACUUCUGGCAAACCAGAGCAGCACACGGAAAUGCCGUUUACCUUCCCGCCGGAGCACUUUGACGUGCUUUUGAACUGCUAGGUUGGCAGGAGCAGGGACCAAGCAAUGGGAGCUCACCCCAUCACGGGGGUUCGAACCGCCGAACUUCUGAUCAGCAAGUCCUAGGCUCUAUGGUUUAACCCACAGCGCCACCCGCAUCUAGGGCUCCCCAUAUUCUGCAUUCAAGAUUCCCAAGACACUAGUCCAAGGGUAGUCAAUGUGGUGCCCUCUAGGAGCUGUUGAAAUUCAACCUUGGGCAGCAUGACCAAAUGGUCACAAUUGUUGGGAAGUGUAGUCCGAAAGACACCACAUUGGUUACCACUGGUCAAGUCUGACCAGUAUCUAAACUUUUGCAGGCUGCCUCCCACACUUGGUUCUAUAAUAUCGCCCCAGUGCCCCUUUACCCUAUGAAAAGCAUUAUUCAGAAUAGUGGUUUGCAUGACCCACUAAGGAAGAAAGUAAUACAAUAAAAUUCAAAACACUAACAAUUAACAUCAAAGUUUCUGGACGAAAAUGUAAUCCAAGUUUGAGUUCUGCAUCCAGUGGGAGCUAGGACAAUUACUAGCCAUUGGAACAAGUUGCUCAAACGAGACAGAAAGGGAGGGAGGGAGGGUGGGUGGAAUAGGUAUUGGUCCCCCUCCAAUGGUUUGCGGAGUCAGCUGAUCACUUUUUGGCUGUGGGGUCAGCUGACAUCACUCAAGUCAGUACUGUAGCUGAGAGGCCACUCUUCCAUUAUGGAUCCUCCUCUAACUGACUGGUUCAAAGCCCAGACCAAGAAGGGCAUAGGAAGUAAGGCACCUUUAGUUGGCACCCCCAGUUGGCAGCUGUAACUUCUAGUUCAUGACCCUCCCUCAUCACCUUACUCUCUCUCUCUCUCUCUCUCUCUCUCUCUCUCUGUGUGUGUGUGUGUGUGUUGCAUUUGCUGAUUUCAUAUCCAUCUUAGGUUCCAUGCUGAAGUCAUCUGAACGGUCUAUUUCCUUGGUCAAGGGUGGAAGGGCACAGUAUGCUGCAGCGCUAGGCUGGGAGAAAAAAGGGUCUUUCCCGGGACAAACUAUCUUUACCGACUGGAUGGAAUCAACCAAGGAAAACCCAGUGGUGGUUGACUUUGAGGUAAGAGAUUGAAAUAUACUCAGAGUCGCAAAGUGAUUUCAUGCUGUUUAUUCAGCUCAUAGUGGUGAGGAGGAAUGAAUGAAUGUCCCCUCACAGUAUCUGCUUUAUAUACAUUAUUUACACAAUGGGCUGCACAUGAUUGGCUAAUUCUGGAAUUCUACUGUAAGCCAAUCAGGUUGUGGAUUCACUUAUAUCUGGAGCAUGAUUGGGUGGUUCCUGCCAACCAAUCAUACUGCUGCAUUGUUCUAGGACCAAUCAGACUGCUGCAUUCUGAAUCCUAUUGUUCUAGGACCAAUCAGACUGCUGCAUUUUGGAUCCUAUUGUUCUAGGACCAAUCAGACUGCUGCAGUUUGGAUCCUAUUCAACUCAGUACAUAACAGAGAUAGAAAGCAAAAUAAAGAGUAGAUACAAGGAAAACGGGUCUUACUGUGAUGGUAAGAUACUCACCUCUCCUAGACGAAAAAGAAGAAGUGAGGAUUAUUAUUUUUUCCAUUUGCAUAUGUGCUGAUUUAUGUAAAAUUGUUCCUUGUCUGUGCAAGUCCUGAUUCUUCCCAUUUCAUUUAAUCUAUGUUGGGGCAUCUGGCUGGUCUUCCUCUGAACAGGCAAUAGGACUAGACACCUCUUCCAGUGACAUGAUUCUGUAAUUCAACUGCCCUUGUACAGAAAAAGCAGAAAACACAAGAGAAACAUUUGUUUUUUCUUGGUUGUAUAGAGAAGGGCCAAACAAGACCUAGGGGAUUUCACCAUGACAACAUUUGAGAAACUCUGUGUAAUUCCUUCUUAGGUGACCCCCAUUUUGGAUUUGGUGAAGAACUUCCCAUGUGCUGUGACCAAACGCAGGAAUCUCAGGAAGGCUUUUUCAGAAUAUAUGGAGAAAUACGAUCCAUGCCGAUGUGCCCCAUGCCCCAACAAUGGUCGCCCUGUUUUAUCUGGGACCGAAUGCCUGUGUAUCUGCAAAGCUGGAACUUACGGUGAUAACUGUGAGAUACGAGCCCCAGACUACCAGUCAGGUAUUCACCAUGCAUAUGGUAUCUUGUACCAUUUGAGCCUUGGCUACCCAUCUGCUACAUUUUGUACUAAGUGAAGUAAUCAUGGGGUCUUCAAAGGCAGCUCCAGGUACAACGCACUGCAGCAGUCUCACCUGGAAUGUUGGUGCUAGUUCUAAAUGGUUGAGACACAAGCUGGUGAAAGUAAGAGUGAACAUAUCAGAAUGGUUGGCCAGCAACAUUUUUUGCUGCCCCAUGUAGCUGCAGGACACAGCCUCUGGGGUGUUUCCUGGAGUCCUGUGAAAAGUGCUAUCUUGCUGGAGUGCUGGAGGUGAAAUAGUUAAACAGGUUACCCAAUCAGAACUCAGGGGGGUGGAGUCAGAGGGACUAUAAAGCCAGCUCUGGGAGGGGUGAAGGGAGGAGUUCGUUGGGAGUUGGGUGGUUGGUUGGAGUGGGAGUGAAUUGGGAUAGAGUUUGUGGGUAGGCUGAGUUAGUGUAGUGAAAUAAGCUGAGUUAGGAAUAGUUAGGGGCUAGGAAGACAAGUAAAUAUCUGAGAGGUGGUUUAGUGAGUGAGAGCAGGUAGCGGAAGUUAUAGGUCUGGAUAGGCACCCCAUGAUUGUAAUUGACCGAAAUCGUUUAUGAAAUCACACACUUGUCAAACUGCAAUAAAUAAACAAAAGUUUAUGUUCCAAUUUAACCCUGACUGGACUUAGUAUUGUACCAGGUGGGGCCUGGGUGGUGGCACUGAGAAAUAAAGUGGUGGCACAGGGAUCAAAAGAUGGUGAAACGUCUGGGGACCCUGUGUGAUCGCCACAGGGACAACAGCUGUACACAGUGAAAGAGGUUGCCAUCUAAAACCCAGUGUUGCAAGGGACCCCCCUCCCAAAGCAUGACUUUGCAGAUAGCCAUAGAAAAUAUUGAUGCCCAAGGAGCUUCUUGAGUGGAAUCUAGACAUAUAAAAAACAUAAAAAUGCUUUUUUUAAAAAAUGUUUUGAUAAAUAUAUUGAAUUUGCCAUAGCUCACCAUCGCCAUCUAGUGUCACAUUUGUACAAUGCUCUUUACAACACUAUUAAAAUGUUUUAUUUGCAGCUUUAUAGCUGAGUCCUUGGUGUGUCUGCAUAGUCUGUCAUAUCUGACCUGCUAAUGGGGCCAUGGAGUAGAAAAGAAGAGCGACAAUGGAAAGGCUGAGAAUUAUUAUUUUGUUAGGUUUUCUGCUCCUGAUUACACUUGGCUCAAGGCAAACAUGUCGCCUGUCACUCUAUAGAUCUCAGCUUUGAAGUGCUCGCUUUGUUUUUAGAGUUGCUUUAUCAAUCAUUGUUCUAAUGGGACCGUGAUCUUUUAAAAAACCUGUUUUCGUGCGCCAUGUCGCCUUGAGAACACUUGUUGUCGGAUGACUAAUAUACAGAUUGGUUGAAUGAAUGAAUCAUGGAAUGGGCUGUGGAAGUGUUAUUGAUGGUUUCGGAAAGGGGCAAGACAACAUUAUUACAAAAGGUGUGCUGAGAGAGAGAGAGAGAGAGAGAGAGAGAGAGAGAGAGAGAACUCAGUGGCUGCAUUCAGACAUAGGAAGCUGCCUUAUGCUAAGCCAGACCUAACUCAGCAAUGUCUACAAUGUCUGGCAACAGUUCUCCAGAGUUUCAGAAAAGAGGUUUCUCCUGCCUGGGACUGAAGUGGGGAUAAUUUGCGUGCAAAGCAUUUACUCCACCGAUCCGCAACCUUUCCUCCAAGGAUCUCAAGGGGAUGGUACAUGCUUCAUCCCUCUCCUCGUUUAAUCCCCACAACAACCCUGUGUGGUAGGUUAGGUUGAGAGGCAGUGACCUUGGGGGAUUUGAACCUGGUCUCCCAGGUCCUCCUAACCACACUGCCACACUGGCUUUCCAGAGCAAUAAGCCAGACUGCUUAUCAUGGCUUACUGGGAAUGAGCGCUGUGCUUCUGCAAUUUGUCCAGUUUCUAAGGCUUUCCUCCUCCCCUGGCAUGAGCAGGGCAAACCAUCCAAGAAGCCUUGGUGUCCCAUUGCAUCUGAACCAGAGAUCAGGAUUUGUUCCUCCCUUGGAAGUCACAACCAGCAAGUCAUCUCUUGAAGUUGGCUAGUGUUAGUGGCCUGUUUGUUGUUGUUGUUGUUGCUGUUGUUGUUGUUGUUUAGUCAUUUAGUCAUGCCCGACUCUUCUUGACCCCAUGGACCAGAGCACGCCAGGCCCUUCUGUCUUCCACUGCCUCCCACAGUUCGGUCAAACUCAUGCUGGUAGCUUCGAGAACACUGUCCAACCAUCUCAUCCUCUGUCGUCCCCUUCUCCUUGUGCCCUCCAUCUUUCCCAACAUCAGGGUCUUUUCCAGGGAGUCUUCUCUUCUCAUGAGGUGGCCAAAGUAUUGGAGCCUCAGCUUCACGAUCUGUCCUUCCAGUGAGCACUCAGGGCUGAUUUCCUUAAGAAUGGAUCGGUUUGAUCUUCUUGCAGUCCAUGGGACUCUCAAGAGUCUCCUCCAGCACUAUAAUUCAAAAGCAUCAAUUCUUUGGCGAUCAGCCUUCUAUAUGGUCCAGCUCUCACUUCCACACAUCACUACUGGGAAAACCAUACCUUUAGCUAUACGGACCUUUGUUGGCAAGGUGAUGUCUCUGCUUUUUAAGAUGCUGUCUAGGUUUGCUUUUCUCCCUCAAGAAGCAGGCGUCUUUUAAGUUUGUGGCUGCUGUCACCAUCUGCAGUGAUCAUGGAGCCCAAGAAAGUAAAAUCUUUCACUGCCUCCAUUUCUUCCCCUUCUAUUUGCCAGGAGGUGAUGGCCUGUUAGGGUUUGCUUAUUCUGCUCACACCAGGGGAGAAGUGAAGCUGGGGUGAUCGGGCAAUGUGAGAGUACACUUCUGUCUGUUCACACUAAACCAUAAAGCAGGAAAUUGGUUUUAUUAAAUAUGGAUGCAGCCACUGAGUUUGGUAACAGGCUUUCUGUUGAUACCAGUGGUCUUUAGAUGAGCUCACAUCUGCACCUUGUUGUGUUGAAUGCUAGUUGCAGUAGAUGGUUUCUGGAGCUGCUGGUCUGCAUGGAGUUCAUGUGAUGCAUCUUUCAAGAGGAGGAGAACUCGGUUGUGCAACAAUCCCCCGCCCACAAGUGGAGGAAAACCUUGUGAAGGUGAUGGAGAAGGAGAGGAAGACUGCUAUAUUUCACUGUUUGAAGACAAGUAAGAAUCACAUCAUCCAUGCAGUGCCACCAGUGGACAGAGUCCUUUGCUCAAACUCAAGCUACACAUCAUACUGUACCCUAAAGUUUGCCCCAUCCCCUGAUCCUGCAGUGCUGAGUGAUAAAGAUAAGUGAAUGCACCAGAGGGAGUGAAUGUGCACUGGAUAAAAACAAAGAAGUCCCCUUUCAAAGUCACUGUGUGGUUGCAACCCAAACAGUGCUGGCACUAGCAUUUUGGAGCCCUCCCUGAAUCUGGAGGAGGUGGGUGGUACAUAGGAAUGCAGGAAGUUGUUUUAUACCAAGUCAAGCCACUGGUCUAUCUAGCCCUCCAGAUUUUGGGGCUGCAAUGCUUAUCAGCUCCAGUAUGGUAAUGGAUGAUGGGAGUUGUAGUCCAAAAUAUCUGGUUGGGGAAGGCACUGACUAGAGGUGGCUCUCCAAGGUUUCAGACAAGGGUCUUUCCCAACUGUACCUAGAGAUGCUGGGAGCUGGACCUAGGAUCUUCUCCAUGGACACCCCCACUCGGUUAACACCACCUGGUGUGUACACAAACAGAAACGAAUCUGACACUAAUGAAGCCAUGCUGAUGUGGAGGGGGGUGACAGCUUUACUGCACUCAAAGGCUGUAAUGUCUUCUCUAUUACUCUUGUUUGUUUAAUAAGCUCCUAACUCGUGCAUUUUCAGAGGGGCUCCUUGCAUAAAUGACGAUGAAGCCGUAAGAGAAGUAGAUAUGUAUCAACCUGAACAAGACUUGGGAUGCCUGACUCCAGUACCUCCAGAAAAUGGAUUCAUCAGGGUGAGGAACAUUUCACAAACUGCAACAGAAAGGGGUUUUUUUUGGGGGGGAGGGGGUGUCUCAAACCAUCCGGCAGAAGGCUUUGGCUCAGGGCACUAAUCCUGGAACCGUCUCAUGAGAAUCGCCUUUUUGAAAUAGUUUUGUGAGCAUGUACAGAUUAAAAUGUGCCAGAACUAGUUAGACGUUCACCAAAACCGAAGAUGGAGAGACCAUUCAGUAGCAACAAUUUUAAAAGACCUGGAUUAAGAAUGUAAGAACAUGCUGGAUCAGGCCAAUGGCCCACCUAGUUAGCAUCUUGCUCCCACCUUGCCCCCUCACCCCAGAUACCUGUUGGAAACCCACUAAUAGGACCCAAGCACAAAAGCACUCUUUCCCCACCCAACCUGUGGUUUCCAGCAACCAGUAUUCAUAAGCCUUGCUGUCUCCAAUCAUGGAAGCAGAGCAUAGCAAUCAUUGAUAGCCUUAACCUCCAUGAAUUUGGCCAAUACACUUUUGAAACCAUUCAGGUUUGUGGCCAUCAUUACCUCUUGCGGUAGUGUGUAGAGGUGUGUGUGACAACCCAGCUUUGCUCCUAAUCUUCUCAUUGCUGCUUAGGAAGGACCUGCAUGUUAUACUUAAUUGUGUGUUAUGACCUCUCUCCCCCAACACUAGACCUCGGGGUCAUCUAGUUUUUGUCAUUUAGCCAGUGAAUCACCCACUUCAUGACUUGUUCUUACCCUGAUUGCAGAAUGAGAAAACGCACUAUUCCGUUGGAGAAGAAGCAGAAGUCGUCUGCCUGAGUGGCUAUAACCUUGUUGGGUACCAGUUCCUCAGGUGCCUGCCGGACAAAACAUGGAAUCAACACGCGGUCGAGUGCCAAUGUAAGAAUCAGCAGAAUAGCUUGAGUGGAAAGUGGGGAUGGGGAACCCGUGGCUUUCCAGAUAUUCCUUGGGACUCCACAACUCCCAUCAGCCCCAGGCAGCAUGGCCAAUGGGCAGAUGUGAUGCCACCAUAGGCCACCAGUAUCUAGAGGACCACAGAUUCCCUGUCUCUGGUGUAAAGAAUAGAAGUUAAGCUCUUUAUCAUCUACGGGCAGAAUCCAACAUUGUGGAAGCAGACUCAGACAAUGGGUUUUCACAUUCCUCCUCUCCACCACCUGCAGCCUCUCAUGCACAUCCAAAAUCUGAUCCAGAAGCUGCCCCCCCCCCACUGCAGAGCAGAUUUUCGGGCACAGAGGAAUGUGAAGUCCCAUUGUGUAGGCAGAAGUGUAUUCCACACACAGACACACACACACACACACACACACACACACACACACACUUAAGAGCAUUGGGUGCAACAUUUAUCCCAGUUCUCCCAUUACAUUUUCAGGAAGUGAGAUGUUUCCCACCUCCCACCACCCUUCAUCCAAAGAUCAACUUAUUCAUUCAGACAUCCAAAUUUAUCUCUUAAACUCCAGUGUCGACUUGUUCCAGACCGCCUGUGUCCAAUGAUGUCAGAAUCACCCCAUUUAAAUUCCAGUACCGGAUUGGGGACAUCAUCCACCUGAGUUGCCCAGGUGGUCAUGUUGUUACUGGCCAAAAGAUGUACACCUGUGGGGCUGAUCUAUCAUGGACACCUCCUGUUUUGACAUCUCUUACUUGCAAGGAAGGUAAGUCCCUACCAAUGCCAGUCUCUGCACUCAUGACAUUAGGCUUCUUAUGUAUUCACCAUUUACUGUGUUUUCCUUACCCUGUGCUGAAGGCUUAGCAGGGGACAACCACUGGCUCUGAAUCAAGCAUGCACAAAUUGUGAGAUGAUAAAUCAAACACUGUCUACCAGCCAGGAUAUGGUGUCCCACUCAGGGCUCAUUCAGUCCUGCUUGCUAGCCAGCUUGGGCCCGAUGGGCUGUCAAACCUUCAAUAGGCUGGUGGGCUGUGGGUUGUCCAGGACUGUUCUAAAUGGAGAUGAAAAACAUCAUAUAAAAAUAGCUGUGUUGGGAGGGGGUUGUAUAUGGUGGUCUUUGUUGACAUCCUUAACUUCUGUUCUUCUUCCAGACUAGCUAGGAUAAUGAAACUUUGCUCACCUACUUGGCAGUCCACCGUGAAGCCUGUAGCUGUGAACGGCCAAUAUGUGAUGCUUGCUUAAUUCUUUUUCUUCAGAUGGGCAGAUGAAUUCAAGAGGGAAUUGUCCACUUGGACAAAAAGAGGUGGAGUCUCAGUGCAUUUGUAUAUCUGCUGAGGAGGACUGUGAGUAAGUAAGCCUGAUGAAGUUAAUUCUGACUAUAAGACUGGUCUUGUGGCCUGGCGGUUGCUCAGCAAUCUUCCUGUAGUUGCAGGACAGCAAAAACAGGAGGGUUGUUGAGCUUCUGGUGGACCACAUAAUACACGUCUGAUGUUGUGCAUUCUGCCUCACAGAUUAUGAUCUGCACCAAAGUUUAUUUGGUGAUAAGAAUAGGGGUGUCCUGCAGCUUGUCUUCACUCCAUCCUUCGUGCACCCAUAUUUAUUUGUUACUACAUUCAUAUCCUACCUUUUGGGUCCAGCAAAUUUUGCAUAGCCCUAAAUAAACAAACACACACACCACAAUCAAAGCUUAAUAGUAUUAAAAAAAAUUAAUCAACUGGACCUAAUCAAAUUAGACAGCAGCAAUCAGGUAAAACCAACAGCAAGAAGAAGAAAAGCGACAAAGCAAUUUGACAGAAGAUGCUUCACAAAGAAAAACAGCCAGGAGGAAAACCAUCUCAGAUUCUGGGAGGUCACAAAGCUCUCUGAAACAACAAUCUGAUGUCAAAAUGACAAAAGAAACAGGGUAAAUGUGUUGAUGCUGUUGUUCUAAAGAAGAGGUUGUCAACCUUUUACCUUUUGGGGCCUGUGGGUGCAUUGCAAACCUGUGAAACUUUCAUAGGCUGCAAAACUGCAACCAAUAGACGAAUUAUUUCAGAUCUAAUUUCAAUAUAGAGAGAGGACCCUGCGGGCAUCAGGGAAGGCCACGGUGGGCACUUGUGUGCACGUGAUCACCACACUGGCGACCUCUGUUAAAGUGUUGAUGCCAUUGUUCAAAAGGGUCUGCCCAGGGUAAGCCACCAGCAUAGACACACACACACACACACACACACACACACACUGUAUUUCAAAUGCUGUGAACCGCCCUGAGAUCUAUGGAUAAAGGGCAGUAUACAAAUAUAAUAAAUAAAAUAAAUAAAUAUUUUAAUGAUUCCCUUCAAAGUCCUGACUCCUCCUUAUGGUGGCCAUAAGCUGAUGUUAAAGAUAAGAUCAUAACAAGUGGAACAGGUGGCGGGGGAGCCUGGAGCUCUGUGAUCUAUGCAGGCAUAAUUGCACAUCAACUUUCUGGAGGACUCUGAAAUUCCCAAUACCUGCAAUCUCAUGCUUAAAUAAGGACUUUAUGGAGAAUUAGAUGGUUGUGAAGGGAGAUGCAUUUCUAUUCAGUGUAAAAUAAUAAUAAUAAUAAUAAUAAUAAUAAUAAUAAUAAUAAAAAAUUUAUACCCCGCCCAUCUGGCUGGGUUUCCCCAGCCACUCUGGGCAGCUUCCAACAAAAUAUUGAAAUACAAUAAUUAUUGUGUAAUUGUGAGGUGUGUAAGAUGAAUGCACCUGUCAAGAGUAAUGAUUACUUAGUUUUGUCCUAAUGAUAGAUUAAGGGCAUGAAUUGGAGCCCAACACAAGCUCAGAUACGAAGCAGCAAAGUCCUUGGCAUCUCUUGAACUCUGGAAUAGCUGUGAAAAGCCUGUGUACUGCUCUUUUCAAUGUAAUUUCUUUAAAGCAGCAAAGGAAGGAUGUUCUGGGGAUGCAUUAGUCUGUUAAAAGGCCACCUCAGAAAAGCAAGAACAAACGGUGGGACCAUAUUGUAUCCCAGCCCUCACCCUUAUCUCUUGACAGUCUCUACUCCGAAGAGAUCUGUGUGCUAGAUGGGGCAUCUGAACAAGCCCUUACAAAACCGAGCUGCCAGUAUCUGGCUGAAAGGUGCAAUGGCUCCGAACGGUUCCAUUUCCUCCAUUCUGGACCCUGCCGUGAUGACACGCCUUUGAACUGGGCCGUUGAGAGGGCAAGCUUUUCAGCAAACAGCACAAAGAAAGAACCUUGUGGAUAUGAUGUGUGCUAUGACUGGGAAACAUGUUCAGGUAAGUUUCUUGACCUGGAAGGAUGAACUUUUUAAACGUAAAAUGAAAGGCAUGUUGAAAAGAGACAGUUAAGUGUCAAGAGAAAAUAUACAAUUUUAGCUAAUACGUAAAUUAUGAAACACUAUAGAUGCAUGUUUUUAUCAUCAGAAUCAGGGCUGGAUUUAGGUUUGAUGAGGCCUUACCUUAAGCUACUGAAGGUAAUGAGGCCCUUUAUAUGUCCAACUGUCCUUUGUCAACAACAAAUUGUCGCUGUUUUUUGUGUUGAAUAUAUGCUAUAUGGUAAUUUAUGGACCUAAUAGGUAUCUAAAGCCAUUUGCACAUAACAAAUAGGAGCCUACACAACACAAAACACUGUUGCUGUAUGUAGGUUUUAUUUUAUUUGUUUUUUAUCUUAUAUUUUGGAAAAGUAUGUCCAGGUGUUUUUUCCUUUAUUUUUUUUGGGGGGGGGCCAAGAGAGUGAUGCCCUGAGCUAUAGCUUGUUUAGCUUAUACGUAAAUCCAUGACUGGUCAGAAUAUAAAUCCAAGUAAUCACAGUGUGUGUGUGUGUGUGUGUGUGUAACAUAUGCACGCAUAUAGUAACAAUUAAUUGUAUUAAUUGAUUAUCACAAUAACACUAAUUUUCCUGUUGCUGUUUGGUCAAAUUAGCUUGCAACUUAAAGUUUGCCUUUGCAUCCAGUUCCUACAAACUGUGGUUUGUCCACAAUCCAGGAUUGCAAACCGUGAGUUUGGAACCCUGAACAAUUAGAGUUGUAGAAUCUGAGGUUGCCUCUGGUUAGGCAACUACACAUGUGAAGCCUACUCCCUGCAGACGUUUGUGCAGUAAACUUGAGAAUCCAGGAAGGAGAACGUGAUGUCAGGGUGGGACUAAUUGCUGCAGGCCCACUCCUUGCCUCUCUGCCAUUUGAUAUGGGAUAUAUUAAUCCCCAUAUGGGGCUAUGAGUCCCCAUAUGGCUCUCUUCCUUUAAAUUCCUGGAAGUUUACCUUAAUGAAAACAUCACUUGGAAAAAACAAUUUAACUCAGGUGGUUAGGAAGGCCCAACAGAGACUCCAUUUUCUCAGGGUCUUGCGAAAGAACAAUGUUAAACAACAAUUGAUGACCUCCUUCUAAAAAGGUAAAGGGACCCCUGACCGUUAGGUCCAGUCACGGACGACUCUGGGGUUGCGGCGCUCAUCUUGCUUUACUAGCCGAGGGAGCCAGCAUACAGCUUCCGGGUCAGCAUGUCUAAGCCGCAUCUGGCGAACCAGAGCAGCACACAGAAACACCGUUUACCUUCCCGCUGCAGCGGUACCUAUUUAUCUACUUGCACUUGGACGUGCUUUUGAACUGCUAGGUUGGCAGGAGCUGGGACAGAGCAAAGGGAGCUCACCCCGUCGUGGGGAUUCGACCUGUGACCUUUCGAUUGGCAAUCCCUAGGCUCAGUGGUUUAGACCAGUGUUCUCCAACCUUGGGCCUCCAGCUGUUUUUGGACUACAAUUCCCAUCAUCCUUGACCACUGGUCUUGCUAGCGAGGGAUGAUGGGAGUUGUAGUCCAAAAGCAGCUGGAGGCCCAAGGUUGGGGAACACUGGUUUAGACCACAGCACCACCUUUCUACCGGACCACAAUAGAAAGUGUCCUCUCAUAUUGUAUCACAGUGUGGUACGUUGGCUUGACAGCCACAGACAGAAAGUCUUUACAAAGGGUGGUGAACACAGCACAUCAUAUCAUGGGCUGUCCCCUGAGCCUGCUAGAUGACAUCACAAGGGAUCGUUGCCUUAGGAGAGCGAGAAAAAUUCUCAGGGACGAUUCACACCCCGGCCAGCGCCUCUUUAAUCUUCUACCCUCGAGCAGGAGAUAUAGAAGUAUAAUCAGUUGUACCAACAGGCUAAAAAACAGUUUCUAUCCGUGGGCUGUUAGGCUGCUGAAUGGAAAAUAAUAUAGUGCAACUGACUUUCGGGGUUGGUGUGUUGUGCAACAAGCACACAGAGUGCAAUGAGAUUGAGUGUUUGUGUUGUGGGGGAGGCUCAGUUAAUUUCACUGUACACAGGUUGUACAUUGACAAUAAAGGUAUUAUUAUUAUUAUUACCGUCUUCAAUGGAUCCCCUUGCAAAGCACAUUAAUCUAACCUGGAGGUGGUAAGAGAUUAACCCCCUCUAGCCACUGCUGUCACUUGGGCAUAUAAAAGUGCUCUCACCUUGUCAAGCUUGGUCCAAAAGUCACCUGCCUUUUGAUUUGUCUGUUUGCUAGUGGGCGAUCAACCUACAACUAUUGAAAUAAUUUUGCUAAUGCCUCUGCACUCCUCCACAUACUUCCUGAGAGGUCAGUGGUACUGAAAUCUAGAGGGCUUAUUACUGAGUAGGAAAAAAAUGUGGAGAGGGUCAUGCUGUUUCAUUUCCAAGACAUUUCAAAAUCAUAUUCUUAAAUGAGGGGGGGGGAAACAUGUGUGAGAUCCAUGUUUAUUUAUGGAUUUCAGGGGGAAAGUGGCUGCAAGAAAAUGCCUUUUUGGUUAGUACGUAGAUCUCUGCAAAAACGAAGCCUUGUGUCAAUGUUUGUUAUGCAACUUGUUGUUCACUGUGCAACAGGGUGAUAACAAUUGUGGGUUUUCUCGUAAAUUGCCUUGGCUGAGAACACAUGAAUAAGUUUUCUGCCAGGAAAAAGAUGGUUUGUCUGGUUAAAUUCUCCCUUCUCCCCCCUCCCCCAAGACGAUCAUCUUCCUUUUAGCCAGAAGCAGAAGCAGAAACCACUCUAGACGCUUUCACACCUGAAGCAAAACCGCACUCGCUCAUCCUUCCAAUUUGAAUGAGAACUAUUUUUCUUUAUGAAAAUAACAUAUAGUGAUUGGAAGCAGAGAAAUAAUAUUCCCUCUGCAGCUACAAUCUGACUGUUACAGGGCAAGGCAGUCCUAUGUAGAAGAGCUUGGUCUCAGUACUGUCAUUAGACUGUUUCAUUGAUGGAAGCAACUUCCAGUUGCAUCAGAAGAGAUUAGAAAAACAAAACAUUAUACAUUAUUUACAAGUGGUGGUUCAAAAUAUUGACAAGGGAGGUGACACCUGAUUUAAAGCAGUUAGUGCUGAUGAUUUCGCAUUAGGAGAGCGAGCAGACACAGUGCUGCCUCCUCCAAAUGUAGACACAUAUUAGAAAGCUCUAGUUAUGGGGCUGUAUCCAACUGAGCCAUAGAGUCAGGGCCGGCCUACCCAUAAGGCAAGGUGAGGCAACUGCUUCAGGUGGCAAGAUUCAGCGGGGCAGCCAAUCCCAAUGUCAAUCUUUCUUCCCAACCCCCCUGUUCUUGAUGUAGCUCUUCCGUCAACCCUUCUUCCCUGGACGGGAGGAGGAGCCAUUCUGGGGUCUGCCCGAGGUUCCAAAAUGUUGUGGGCCGGCCCUGCUCAGAGUAGACCCACUGAAAUUAAUUGACAACUGAGUUGAAAUUAGUUGACCUUCAGUGAGUCUACUCUGAGUAAGACUAAUGUCUGAUACAGCCAUGUUUUGUAGCAGAUGAGAGUUUGCUGUUUUGCCUGUACUCGUAGUUUGCAGUCCUGGUUUGUAGCCAAACAAACCAUUUCUGCUGGAUUUCUCUCUCUCUCCUUCUCCCAGUUUAGGGUCAUAGCAGAGGCCAGGUGAACACCAGGCACUUACUGAUACGACAGAGGUCACAUCCCCAAAAGCAAGGCCAUAGCAAGGCAAGUCAGGAGGGAGCUACCAUGUUCCAACCAGGGCAAAAAGGCAGCUUGUCAGCACCCUGGAGAGCUCACAGGGAAGUAUUCACUCAGAGUUAUUGCCCCAACACCUUAGUGAGUUCUUAUGAAGGCUGGCUGGCCUCAAUUUCCUAUUUACCCUGCCCCUUCUGAGGAACCAUAUUUUCAUUUAAAGAGCUGUUGCCCUAUUCUGACUUCUAUGGCAUGGAGGUGCUAAGAGACCCCCGGGUAUAGGGUGGUAUAUAAAUCCAAAUAAUAAUAAUAAUAACGGAAUUGGAGGGCUGUACUCUGGCCUGGAAGGGUCUGUUAAGACCUGAUAAUCUGACGUUGGAUUAUCUGGGAGGAGGGAAAAGCGAUUGCCUCAGCUCCUUCUGAGUCUGCCUCUGAGUCAGAUGGAGGAUUGUUGUCAGAGUAUAACAGGUUUGGGUGCAAAAGCAAACUACGGUUUGUCACAAGCUAUGCUCAGACUUUGUUAUUAGUAUUGCUGUUAUUUUUGCACCAUGUGCAGCGAGAAGAGGGAGGGAGUGUAGGACCCUGAAGCUUGUGCUGGCUUACUCUUGUCAUGUCAGAUUGCAGUGAGGGCAUUGUGUCUGAAUGGCCCCAAAGGCAAAAUCCCAAGUUCUAUUAAAAACUUUCUGCUAAUGGAGGUGCAACUGAUUUAUUCCAGAAAUAGGUGAUGUGUAUUUUAGCUGGUAUUCCUAAAUUAACCACCACUGCUGGCGUUGCAAUUGAAUGCCCUCAAUGUGUCAAAAUGAAUGUGUGAUAUAUGCUUGGAAGGAGGCCUUGUCAUGCAAAAGGAGCUUACGGACACCAUUUCCAUUAUUAUGUUAUAAUCAAUUCGAAGAUCAUAUUUGACGUGGUGUAAUCCCCUAUUUUUUACACUUUAUAUAGUGUGUAGGGUACCACUGAGCCUUGGGCUUGCCAAUCAAAAGGUCGGCGGUUCGAAUCCCCGCGACGGGGUGAGCUCCCGUUGCUCGGUCCCAGCUCCUGCCAACCUAGCAGUUCAAAAACACGCCAAAAAUUGCAAGUAGAUUAAUAGGUACCACUCUGGCGGGAAGGUAAACAGUGUUUCUGUGUGCUGCUGUGGUGUCAGUGUUCCAUUGCGCCAGAAGUGAUCAUGCUGGCCACAUGACCCGGGAAAACUGUCUGUGGAGUGGACAAAUGCUGGCUCCCUCGGCCUGUAAAGCGAGAUGAGUGCCGCAACCCCAGAGUCGUUCGCGACUGGACUUAACUGUCAGGGGUCCCUUUACCUUUACCUCUCAUGGAGGACACUGUGCUCCUUGGAGUAAUUUGUCCACCUUUGGUUCUCAACCUGCACUCAGCAUUCUCCUGUGGCUCCUAGAAGCUGUCAGCAUGCAACAGCAGCCACACCCCGGGAAUGGUUUUGACUGGCCAGCUAAACCAGGUGAGGAUAGCCGAUGGGUCUCAAACCCUCAGUGAGUUAGGACUUCUCCCUGUAUGCAAAGACAGGCUCUGGAGGAUGGAGCAGACGAAACCAGUAGUAGGUCCAGCAGUCAAGAAGGCUGUUUCUACACAUACUAGAGGGGAGUGAGGAGCAUAUGGAGCUCAUCAACUCUGAGUACCAUUUGAUGGAAAAGCAGAUAUAAGUUAAACCAAUAACUAAGCAACAGCAAGAAAAGACUGUUGCUUCUUCUUUUUUUUAACUUUCCUGCUUGUGGGUUUCCUAUAAGCAUCUGGUUGGCCGCUGUAGAAAACAGGAUGAUGCACUGUAUAAACCUUUGAUCAGGUCGUGGAGAACCUUUGGCCUGAAAGAUGCUGCUGAACUACAACUCCCAUCAUCCCAGGCCAUCAGCCAUGUUUGUUGGGGAUGAUGUCAUUGUAUUUCAGCAGCAUCUGGGGGCCAGAAAGUGAUCCACCCCUGCUCUGAACAAGCAAACAGAAAUCAUGCUCAGCUGACCCGAAGCCAUUUCCCAUUCACAGAAACGGAAUCACGGUGUACCUGCUUGCUUCCAAACCAGUGCCCAAAGGAUGAGGGCCACCUUUACUGCAUCCAGACCAGAAGAGGGCGUUCAAAGAGGACAUACACCCUCUGUGCAUUGGGGGCCAUGAAAUGCACCAAGAUGAGGGUGGAAUCCUUUCAUCCUGGGAACUGCUUGCCUUAA